AUGAAAUUCAUCAUCGUUGCCCUCUGCUUUGCCCUCAGCCUGGCUGGCAUGACCAGCUCAGAAAAACUUUUAGAGCAAAUCCCAGUGAACUCCCUGGAGAACCCAUCCCAAUUGGUUCCAGCUUUAUGUCAGCUCUUACCUCAGAGGGGCAACUGUGAUGAUAACAUUCGUCGCUACUACUACAACACAACCUCUCGCAUCUGCGAGGAGUUCAUCUACACUGGCUGUAAUGGCAAUGGGAACAAUUUUGACUCAGUAGAAUGCUGUUUGAAGACCUGCAAACUCAACUAUCAGAACAGGGAUGAUAAUAACUGAAGCCGAUACUGACCAUUCCAGGAGCAGCUAGACUGCCACAUCACUUCCUUGACCAGCUCUACUACCAUCUGGAUCCUGGUGAUGCUGUCCUGUUUCUCUCCCUCUAUGAUUCCCUCUUCUGCUACAAUAAAGCAUUAACAGCA